AUGUGGUCAGACAAUGCUUGUGUUCUAAUUGCUGUCAGUACGAAUCCGAAUUCCGAAGAUCCGUUUACGCAGAGGGAAGCAGCGCGUGAAAAUUACUGGAGAAGGGGAAAACCAUGGCGGUGGAGGCGAGAGGAGAGGAGGGGAAAUCGGCUCCCCUUCGCUCGCGGCGGCCCGAUCUACGUCCCUGACCUUGUUGGAUCUCCAACCUCCGUCCAUGAAUUCCAGUCUUCACUCCUCCAUGAACUCCAGAGCCUUGAGGCCGAGCUGGUCGGAGCCGGAGGGUUCGAGGAUGAGCUAUCGGUUGAUGAGCUUAAGGUUUUCACGGAGGAGGAAUUGGUGGAGAAAGCUCUCAAGGAGGAUUUUGAGAAUUUGGCAAGCGCGGAUGAUAAGUCAAAAUUGUUGGAGGGCACUAAUGGAGGGUCAGUGGAUCACUCUUGUCUCUCAAGUGAAGACGUUGUUUGUAGAGAAACAACAACAAAUGACACUGGAAAUCUGGAAUCAAGUGGCUGCAUAUGCAAUUCUUCAGUUGAAAAGUGCAGCAACAAUAUUAUUGAGAAAAAUAUCCCACAGAAGGCAAAGAAAAGGGGAAGAGUCUUUGAUAGAAAUAGUCGAGCUGCAGAAUUAGAAGGUAGUUACUUUGCAAAAGUGGAACAACUUAAGAAACUCAAACAAAAACAAGAAGAAGACAAGCUAGCUGCCAGAUUACAUUCUUUCAGUGGAAAUUCCAAGUUUACAGAAGGCACUGGAUUGGCUUUGGAGAAUACAGAAAGGAUGAGAUCACUUAGGUUUAUAACAAAUCCUGCAAAGGUGAAGUCAUCUAAUUCAGAAGAACAUGUGCCAUUAUGCUACCCAGAAGUUCUUCUUUGUGUGGAGAUUUAUCACAAAAAGAAUAACUCAAUGAAGACUCAAGAAUUCCUGGUCUUGGGAAGGCAACUUCUAACUGAGUUGAGAGACAAUAUUUACUGCCAGAUGGAUAAGCUGAUGCAAAUCUCAGGGAAACAUGAUCCUUCUGGAUAUUUCCUUAUUGAAAAUACCUUUUACAAUGAUUUAAGAGAUCCAUCUGCUAUUGAUUAUAGCAAACCCAUUUUUGAUUGGCUUGAAAGCUGUAAGGAUGAAGUCUCAGAGAAGUGGAAGUACAUUAUGUCUGGUGAAUUGAAGAAGAAGCAAAAGGAGCUACUGGGGGAUGUUGAAGUUCCAUGUGUGCCUGAUUUUAAAGUUGCAGACAUGCAGAAAACUCACUUUACAGAACUAUGCUUUCGAUUAGGCGCUGGUUAUAUUUACUGUCAUCAGGGCAACUGCAAGCAUAUGAUAGUAAUAAGGGACAUGAGACUGGUCCAUCCUGAGGAUGUACAGAAUCAGGUAGACUAUCCUCUCCUCACCUUUCAAAUCAGACCGCGCUACAAGAAAUGCUCUGUUUGUAAGAUUUAUCAUGCAACCAAAAUGACGAUCGAUGAUAAAUGGGCGCCAAAUAACCCUUGUUAUUUCUGCAUCAAGUGUUACUUCCUCCUCCAUUACAAGGAAGAUAACUCAUUGCUUUAUCCACAUCUCGUGUAUGAUUAUCAUCAUGAGUAAAGAAUUGCUGUUGCACAGCAGAAGAAUUUUCCCUACUAAUUGGUGUGUGCUUCUACAAAUUUUCAGAAAGAAAUGCUCAUCCCAAUACCUGGGAAGAAAGUUUUGGCACGAUUUUUAUUUAUUUAUUUAUUUUUUUCA